AUGGCAUUCGAUCCAACGGCACUUGGCCCAUCUGAUGACCCCUCCAUCCACGAUGUGUCGGGUGAGAUAUGGCAUCCCUUGUUCCGCCACGAGUGCGCAUUUGGGCCCGACGUCUUUGAGGAUGUUAUGAUGAAUCUGGUCAAGAACCCAAACAUCAACUCGAGCUGGCUCUUCCGCGCCGACAUUCUCCAUGACACCGACCCAGCAUGGAUACCCGCCCCUCCCCCCACCUCUGAUCACCCAGAUCAGCAACAGGGUGCUGACGCCGCACAAGCUGUGCAGCAGCAGCAACCCAUCCCCGUUGCGUUCAAGGAUUUCCGCAACGACCGCGUCCUCGUACGCAGGCUGAUCCCGCGAAACACCCGCCGGGAUGACCCCCUGGAGCAGACUUGUGUCUUCGCUUCCUCCAGUACCCCAGAUGCAGAUGCCGGUGCCGGUGCCGGUGCCGAUGCUACCUCCACCAGGUCCAGGUCCCUGGUCAUCUACCUCCCCCAUGCAUCUAAACCCGAAGCUCUUCCUUUUUAUCACCCCAAGGUCCGGGGAGUCGCGCAUCUCCACGAGUGGGACGCUGCGCGAGCCGUCGGUACUGUGUCUAUUCACUACCUGUUCUUCGAUGAGGCCGAUUUCGCCGUUGAAAAGCUAGUGCGGACGGCCCGCAUGCUGCUCUCUGUGUUGUAUAAGCACGGCCAGGGACGUGUUGCCGGGUAUACAAAGCGAGUGCAUCACGACGUCGUGAUCCCACAGGCGCGCUUCCAGAAUCGCUAUGCAGAGCUUAAGCUCAAGUAUGCAAGGGACCUGGUCGAUAACUGGGCUGAGACGACUGACCCCUCGAAGCAUGUCUUUGAGGACCUGGGCAUUGCUGCUUUUCUGAUCGAGCUGUGGGCAGAUAUGUACACGGAUCAACCUUUCCCUGGGUUUGUGGACAUCGGCUGCGGCAAUGGUCUGCUCGUCUACCUCCUCAUCCAAGAAGGCUACUCGGGCUGGGGUUUUGAUGCCAGGGCGAGAAAGUCUUGGGCAAAGUAUAACACGGUUCAGUCAGGGAAAGACUCCCUGCAGAGGCUCGUUCUCCUCCCUGACGCAGUCUCACGACCUUCAUAUGCCGAGGGCGAGGAGCCAGUCCUUGAUCUUUCGCAGAUUCACAACGGCGCCUUCCCGAAGGGCACCUUCAUCGUUUCCAACCACGCUGACGAGUUGACUCCAUGGACCCCUAUCUUGGCAACCCUGUCGGAGAGUCCUUUCAUCAUGAUACCUUGCUGUAGUCAUACCCUAGGCGGGCAAAAACACCGCGCACCGCUGCCGCGCGACAAGACCAAGUCGCAGUCGACGUACUCAUGCCUCGUCGAUUGGGCGGCGUGUAUUGCUGAGGAUUGCGGCUGGGUAGUUGAAACGGAGAUGCUCCGCAUCCCAAGCACGCGAAACACGGCGAUGCUGGGACGCAAGCGGACACGGAGUGUCGACGAAGUAGAUAUUGAUGGUGUGUUGGCUAAGUACGGCGGAACAGGGGGUUACUUUGAGAGCGCGGCAAAGUUGACCAAGACUGAGAAAGGACAUUAG